CGUAGGUACACAUUACCAUAAUCUCAUCGUCUUAUCUCCCGCGUGACGGAUGACGGUGUGUCGGUGACCGCGGCUGUUAAUCUUAAUAGUUAAUUCUAUGGAUUCAUUUGCUUGGUAAUUUUUUACUCUACGUGACGACUGUGCCUUGCGAUUAUUUCCAAUUAAAACGUAUGUACCUACUUGCAAUAAUAGUUUUAUCGGCCACUUAUAAAUCCUAACGGACAUUGACGGUUCCGAUAUCGACGUUGUUAAUUAAAGAUCGAAAAUCGAAUCGCCCAGUCGAACAUUCGAUCGUUUUCGCUGUAAAUCGUUGAAGAUUUCUCGUCAUUGACUACAGCUUGCUGUCACCGCAUUCAUAGUUUCACACGACUGAGUUUUGAAGAAGUUUCAUUUUGUAUUAUAAUUGAUUACCGUGUAAGCUCACUUGAUCAAUUACUGUACGCGCCGUGCGAAUUCUUUCAUCAUUAUUUCACGUUCCUGUACAACCAUGAAGUUCAUUGAAGAGAUCAAACAAAGAUUUGCCUCCACAGUUCAUAUCCGAUGUGAAAAUGAUGUCAACACAAAGAUUGAACGACUGGUGAUGGACGGCCCAGACAAAUUACAAAUAAUAUCAGAUUUUGAUCGAACCAUUUCUACUUCAGAAUACAACAACAAACAAACUAUGAGUAGUUUUA